CCUUACGGCCAUCGUUCUCCAUGUCCAGACGAGUUGGAAAAUCCCCGUCACUGCUGCAGACCCUUCUCAACCGGCCUUCACAGUCAUACUCUUUUCCGCAGGUCGAUCGGAAAGAUUACUAUUCUUCUAAAGAUGAGAUGAUGAGGGUUGCUUUACAGGGGGAAGUAGAGAGUUUGGGAGGACAAGCGCCGUUUGAGUACAAAGAUACCGUAUCGGAGGCUGCAAGGCUGAGAUCAACGGCAUCGAUACCUCACUCGGAAGUUAAGCAUCAGAAUCGGUUACUGGAGGAACAGCUUCACUCCAAGCGACAUUCACGUUCAUUGUCUCUCCCACAAGUCAUUGUCACAGAAGAGCCAGACUCCGAGCCGAACAGCGACGAAGAUAGCGAUUCCGACAAUGAUAUAUUUUAUACUCCGAACACCUCUCCUAGGACGUCCUUUGCCAGCACUGUUACGAUAACAAGGACUACUCUCCCUCCCGCAUCCCCUCCACUCCAACCUUUGAACGCGAGCAGUCUUAUUCGGCCGACGAGACAUGAAGGUCGAAGUACGUGCUCAAUAUCAUCAACGUCGGCCGAUUCAGCCUCGGUAGACGGACAUUCCGUAUUCUCUUAUGAUUCAUUGAGUGGGUCGACCGGCAUAACAACACCCGAACCUUCCAUAUAUUCUUCUAGUAGAGGUAAAGGAAAAGAGAAAGCGAACAACAGAGAGAUGUCGAUGAAUGGAGUGGGAGAAGAUUGGGCAAAGGAUGUACGGUGGUUAGUUCCCCCGCCCUUAACGACGUCGAGCUCGAGUAGUACGUCCAAAAGAAAGGCUUCCCGCAAUGCACAGACAAUUUCUCGAGUCUCCCAACUUAGAUCCUCAGACCUCAACAAAGUCUACCAGGCUACCAUGGCUGCAGUAAUAGAGGAAGAUGAAGGGACUAACAGCCGCCCCGACCCUCCUCCUAGAACGAGGACCGCAUCCAACACAACGUCACCGAAACGAUGCACCAGUAAACGCGCAAGUACCACUUCAGCAUUUCCGGCGAAACCUCACCUCAUGAGACGAAAAUCGCGUUCCCUCGAAGACCUUGCUACCUUCCAAGCUGAGGACGAGGUAUCAUCCAGUACGUCCACACCGUCACACUCCCAUGCGGCACCAUUUUCGCAUAAUUCCUCGUUACCAUCCUACGGCACCCCUGGCUACACCUCCCUUACACUUCCCCGUGCACCACCACCUUCAUCCGGUUUCCUUGAAUCCAGUAAAGUGGGCAAAGUCGACUUGACGAGGAGUGGACUUGCACAAACGACGAUGGCUAGCGUUGAAGUCACACGCGGUUUAUCCUCGUUAGGACCUUCCAAGAGGUUUUCAUGGCUUUCCAAAGACAAGGAUUCGGGUAAAGGAAAGGGUCGCGCGGAGAGUGCGUUUUCGUUUACGAGCUAUCGAAAGCCUCCGACACACGUACCGGAUGAUCAUGUCCUAGUCCAGAUAUGGGCGGUGGGUAUCGAUGGUGUUGAUGCGAGUAUCUGUGGGAUCUCCUCUGGGUGCGAGGAUCAUUCAGAGUAUGAGAAACGGAUGGCUAGUGAAGGUGGUCAUAAUACGAGGAUCAAGAGGAGUUGGAGCUUGAGACGAAACCGAUCAGCGCCGACCGACGUUAUUACUUCUCCCUCCAAACCUAAACAGCCGGAAGUGGGGUUCGUCCCGGGAAGAAGUUUUGUUGGUAGAGUGAUGGAGGUUGGAGACGAAGAUGACGGAUUGAGAAUCAUCAAAAAGGGAGAGUGGGUCGUCGGGUUAUUAGACGUGCGGAAGUGUGGGGCACUUCAAGAAUUUAUUGUCGUUGACCGGCAUCGUUUACAUCCCAUACCACACCCAGCUCUUCCUCCUUCCGCUCUCGUUGACCCAAUAUCGACGCCUCCUCCCAGACCAUCUUCUUCUUCUAAUUCCUCAUCAAAGUCUGAUCACAAACCUCAUGACUCUCGCUACCCAGUUUAUACACCUACUCCAACGCCACUUUCUCCUGAUAAUCCCCGAUCGAUUUCAAAAACACAGCUUACCUUAGAAGAGCUCGCCCUCCUGCCUGCUUGCGGUCUUCAGGCUUACCGAGCCGUUCGAACGUUCUUCAACGGCGCAGGGCGAGGAAACAAAGCAAAAGGAAAAAUACUAGUGCUCAGAGGGCAUGAUGGUGUGGGUGCUAUGGCUACGCAGAUGCUUGUAAGAAGGGGAUGGGGUGUGUGUGUUCAUGCCUCUCUUCAAUAUGGACUCGAUGAACGUCAAGAGGAAGAAGAGAUGGGAGCUAUACAAGAGAGAGUUAAGAGUUGGGGAGCGGAUGAAGUUAUUUUUGACGAUAGUGUUGUUGAGGCGAUUCAACAACUCAUCGAGGAAAAAGAGGUGUUUGAUGGGAUUUUGGAUACGGUUGGCGGGAAGGAGGUUUGGGAGGUUGGGAAAAAGUUGUUGAGCGUCACAGGUUCUGUGUGUCUGAAUAACACGGUCAAGCAGUUCACGACGCUUUUUGGCGAUUUCCCUAUGCGUCCUAUUCCCUCCGCAUCGGACCACUUCAAGGCUUCUCUUCGGUGUAUGAAAGGAGGUGACGGAAGUGGUUCGAGCAGGGUGGUGUAUACGUGGGUGAGCAUCGACCAGGAUGUCGAUUUUGAGGGGGGAGAUGUAAGUGUUGGAAUCGGCAGGGUUUUGGCGGAGUGCACCAGCGCAGGUGAACUCAGACCUUAUGUUGGGGGUUCUGAGAGAACGGUGACGUUUGAGAGGGCUGAUGGGGUAUUCAGGGGAACCGGAAGGUUAGCAGGCGGGGGAACCGUGGUAGUGAGGGUUGUUCUAUAA